UUGUACUAGUCUACUUAAUUUAGCUCUAAGGUUAACUAGUCGACGUUUUGUUGUUCCUCAUGUCCAGAUUAAGUGCUGAAAAGUUAUUCUUUAAAACCAGUGACGGAUAAGAGAGACGUGGACUGACAGAAGUUAUUUUAGGGCUAUGAAAGCGUCAGAGGUCAGAUGAGAAAGUCCAGUGUUUAGGGUUUUGGAGGCCAGGGUGUACUGCUCAUAUGUAAUCGGAGGUGGGGCUACAGAAAAUCUCUAAAUACUAUCAAGACUAACUGGAAGUUCAGCCUAUGAGAUGACAGUUGUCGUGUCUUUCUCGUUUGGUGCAGCAUCAGUUUAAUGGGGAACAAUGGCCCGCAUCUCUUUGGACUAUCCAAACUCUUUACCAGGAAUACCUCUCAGUGUGCUGUCAGUGCCCAUGGAGAAUAAAUACAAAUGUCAGCAGUGUCUCCAGGUCCUGAGGAAACCUGUCCAGGCUCAAUGUGGUCACCGCUUCUGUGUGCACUGCUUCAAACUGCUCACCAGUGCCGGUCCAAAGCCUUGUGAAGCCUGCCGUCAAGAGGAGAUAUAUGAAGAGCCUAUGUCCAUUCUGAACAGUAAUGAGGCAUUUCCAGACAAUGCAGCCGGUCGAGAAAUAGCAAGUCUGCCUGCCAGGUGUUUGAACCAGGACUGCAGCUGGACUGGAUCUAUAAAAGAUUAUGAGGCCCAACACGAAGGUCGCUGUGAAUAUGAGAGGGUGCAGUGCGAGGCCUGCCAGGCCUCCAUCCUCCUCAAGGACAAGGACAGACACAGUGAGAGAGAAUGUGAGGCAAGAACUCUCAACUGCAAAUACUGCAAAGUUACGUUCAACUUUAAGGACAUUAAGGCCCACGAUGAGAUCUGUCUCAAGUUUCCCUUACAAUGCAAAGACUGCGGCAAGAAGAAGAUCCCGAGAGAAAAGUUUAAUGACCACAUCAAAUCCUGCGCCAAGUCAAAGAGUGCCUGUCCAUUCAGUGAUGUGGGCUGUAAAACUGUGAUAGAGAACGGGAAGCUCAGCGACCACGAGCACAGCAGCACCAUGGAGCACCUGCGUCUGCUGCUGCCGAUGGUGCUGUCAAUGACCCGUACACAAUCAGAGGCCCUCGGGUCUGGGGAGUGGCAGGAGGACUCUGGUUUCGGUCUGUACAGAGCUCCUGAAGAGGGCAGUGGAGCUGCAGCUUCAAUGCAGCCAGUAGACAUGGAAAAAAAAGUAAAUGCUUUAGAAAACAUUGUGUGUGUCCUGAACCGGGAAGUGGAGCGCAGUUCGCUCACCCUGGAGGCUUUCGCCCACCAGCAUCGAUUAGACCAGGAGAAGAUCGAAAAUCUGUCGAACAGAGUGCGACAGCUCGAGCGAACGGUGACCAUGAGGGACCUGCAGCUGUCUGAGAAUGAGCAGCUGGUGCGGGAACUUCAGCACUGCACCUACGAUGGGAUAUUUGUCUGGAAAAUCACUGACUUCUCCCGGCGCAGGCAGGACGCCUUGGCCGGCCGAACGCCUGCGAUGUUCUCACCUGCAUUUUACUCCAGCAAAUACGGCUACAAAAUGUGUCUCAGGCUUUAUUUGAAUGGCGACGGGACAGGAAGGGGGACGCACCUCUCCCUAUUCUUUGUGGUCAUGAGGGGCAAGUGUGACGCUCUGCUAAAAUGGCCCUUCAGUCAGAAGGUGACUCUGAUGCUCCUGGACCAGAACAACAGGGAGCACAUCAUCGACGCUUUCCGACCCGACAUCACAUCCACCUCCUUCCAGCGGCCGAUCAGCGAGAUGAACAUCGCCAGCGGCUGUCCGCUCUUCUGUCCGCUGGCCAAGCUGGCAGGCAAGAGUCCAUAUCUGAGAGAUGAUACGAUAUUUAUCAAAGCCAUCGUAGAUCUGACAGGCUUGUAAUGUGCACUGUGGAAGUUGCACGGAAACCCUAGGAAAUAAUAGUAGGAAUAUUAUAAUAAUAUAUGGAUAAUAACACCUAUACGUUAUAGAUAUAAAUACAUAAAUAUUAUAAAAUUUAACUGAUUCAGACAACAUCUAACUGGCAAUAACUUAUUAUCAAAUAUCUUUAUAUAGUUUAUUAUAAAUUUAUAAUUAUAAUAUUUAUGUUGAAUGUUUUUGUGUUUUAACAAAAAAUGUUUUUUUAUGUUUUCAGUAUUUUGCAAGUUAAUAUCUUAUUUUGAAAUUACUCGUAGAAGGUUAAACUUUCCUCAAUAACAGGAAGGCAGAUUCAUAACCACAAAAAUCAGAUUAUCUGCACAAGUGGUGUAGAAUCUCCCACAUUUUUGGGGUGAAAUGUUGCCGGAUGUUUGAGAUGACAGAAGGUGCAGUUGUUGGCACUGUUGCUUGCAGCUAGAAGGUCCUGAGUUCGAAUCCUGUGGCCUGAGGUCUUUCUGCAGAGUUUGCAUUUUCUCCCAAUGCAUGGGUGGGUUUUCUCAUUUAAAGUAAUCAUCUCUUAUUAACCAUGGUUUUUGCUUUCAUUUUACUAAUACUCUGUCUUUUACCUAACGUUUUCCAUUUUAAGAAGAUUUUGGUAGUAAAAAUCCCACCCUUAAAAAAUGUAGGUCCAUCUGUGGCUGUCCAUCUGUGGACCCUACUUUGGACACUCCUGGUGGACCCAAACUAAAAACAUUAAAAUAUGUUUCCAUCAUUGAAAAAUCAACUACAAAUGUAACAUUAAAUAAUAAAAAAAAAAACAUCUGAAAUAUCUACUUAAAAAAAAACAAAAAAUCAACUUGGCGUAUUUGGUAUUUGGUUGAGGAGUCGCAGGUUUGAUGUAAACAUGUUUCCUGCAGUUUUGUGGAAUAUUUUUGGUGAAUGUGCUUUCAGGAUACCUCAGAAUGUGAGUUGUACAUUUUUGUGUACAGCUUGAUUUGUCAAAGGAUUUUUGUUUGUUUUAAGCGAAUAAUUUUUCUAUAGGCCGACAUGUUUUUUCAACCACAGCAGAACAUUCAGGUACAACUGUUAAAAUGUGGAUUAAAGUUAUGAUCAUUUUUUUUCAUGAUGCAUUGAACUCUGUCUAGAGACAUGUAGUUUACCCUACUUAAGCUAUAGAAAGUUUUGUGUUUUAGGUUUUUUUCUGUUUUUAUUUAUUUUGGUUCCAGUACAUCUUUGACCCAUAAAUAUUUCAAUGGAUGUGAAAUUAUACUAUAUAUAUUACUUAUAUUAUUUUAUAAGACCAAUAUUACUGCUCUAAAUAAAAAUGCAUAAUCACAAAGACAACAUAGACAAUAUUAUAGCCAAAAGUUAAAAUACUUAAUUAACUUAAAUACUUUAUCUGGCUCACUUGCUGACGUUAGUUAGUAUUUUAAAUAUUUUCUCAAUCUCAUGUUACAUUUGUGGAGUAGGCUUUAUUGAUUAUUAAUGUUAUUAAAUGUAUAACUUCACUGGAUACUUAGAACUGUGUACUAUAGUGGUAUAAAAUAAUUUGACUAACUAAACACACUGAGUCAUUAUAGCUUCUGGCUCUCUGUAUUAAUACCAGGGAUUUUUAUUUCACAACACUGCUUCAAUAAAAGACUAUUUAAACCGUUAUGUUCUCUACAUGCCUUUUAUACAGUAUCCUAAAAUACAUUUAUGACACAAACACCUUCCUUUACUUCUAGAUUAGUUUGGAUUUUACGUAUCUCUAUUUGACAGUGAGAUUAUUGAUCAAUAACUGAUGCUUUUAGGUUAAAUGAGUUAAGUCAUAGUGAACCUAUUUCAAAUAUAACCUUGGCACUACAGAGUCAGAAUAAGACUCUGGUUUCUGAGAGCAGCUUCUGUAUCAGUUCUCAGUCAUCUGAGUGUUAUCGGUUUCCCUUUGCAGGUAAUUCCUGUAGUCGCAGUGUGUUAACUCCGUUUUACGCUGCUGACCGUAAAUGCUGCAUCGGUUAAAAGACGUGGAACGUGAUGUACGCUUCUAUUGCUUUAGGUGGCCGCACAGAUGCCUGUUAGGAAAGUCCUGUGUUUAUUUACCGGAAUUGCUGCAGCGUAACCCUCAGGCGUCGGUCUAUUUGAAAGUCUUUUUAAGUCACUAAGGAUGAAAAUGUCCACGCAAAAAAAAAAAAAAAAUUAUAAAAGUUACAAAUGAUCGCCUCCAGUCACAAAGCUAACAAACAUUUAACAGUUUUAAGGCUUCCAGCUCUUUCAAUGGCUGUUUAAAUAUUAGCAUCGUGUUCUCAAACUUGCUAAUAUUUCAAUAUUUGAUUAUUUUAAUCUGGACUGAAGUUUUAGAGCAGCUUUGGAAAGUACUUUUGCUUAAUGACUCAAGAGGUUAGUAAAUUAUAAAUCUGACGUAUCUCAAAAUGAAAGUUAAUAUUUUCGCUAAUCAUUCACAUAUUUAAGACUCAUUUGAUUUAAUUUUCAAGCUCCCUUACAUGUUAUAUGGUAAAUAACUUAUUUUUGGUGCUUUAUUCUCAUAAAUAAUGUUAGUAUCAUGUAAUCAAACUAGCAUUACUCAUAUGUUGAUACUGAUUGAUAGAGAUUUACCCUGAAAAACUGAAAAAAUAUGAGAAGUUAAGACAUUUUAAUUUGGAUGCUACAUAAGAAAUAAAAACAAACCAAAGUCUGUAAGAUUUAUUUCAAGAAAUCUCCCAGCCUAAAAUUGUUUGUUUAAUCGAUAAUAGGUUUUUUUUCUGUAUUUGUUUAAAAAAAAUAUCAACAAUAACAUAAAAAAAAUCUAACAUUUAAAUGGUUAAAAACUUUAAAAUUGUUGAAUGUUUGAUAGUUUAGAGCAAGGCUAAAAUUGUUUUGAGUUUUAUGCAGAAGAUAUUAAGAAAGAAAAUAUCUUACUUUUGUUUUUGUUUUGUUUUUAGUCAAUGCUUAAAGAGGGUAACAAUUUGUUUACAAUGUGCUGAUCUUGUACUAAAUUAUAUACUGAAUUCCAAAAUUUGUCAAGCAAGACAAAAUAUUUUGCCUUCUGCGCUAACAUGGCAAAAAAUGAGGAAUAAGUGGACAAAAAUGUCCAUAUUUUUGCCUGUUGCUUGAGCUGAAAAUUGAAUUGUUCUGAAACUGAUUAUUAAUCAGCCUGGACCGUAUAAACUGCAUCUAUAGAUCUAUUCCAUACAAAAGUGUGAUUAGAAUCUGCUUUGAUCCUGUAGAAAGUGUGAUAAUCUGUGUUUGGAUUUUGAUUCAUAAAACUGUUUCAAAUGAAAA